AUGGCAUCUUGCCUCUCCGCCAAGUUUUCCGACCCCAGCUUACGCGAGAAGCUGUUGCGGACAGGAGACCGUGAACUCAUAGAUGGCCAUUCUGGUAGCCCAGACUUGAUUUGGGGAUAUCACAUUCCAUCGCAGAAGGGGGAAAACCGACUGGGUCUGUUGCUCAUGGACUUGAGAUCAAAGCUACGGAGCCCUCAGUCCGCCUCUGGCAGCCGUGCCUUGUUCCACCUGGACUGGCCUGUCAAAUGUCUCCACGAUGCUGGGCCUUACGCCGCCCGCAUCCGAGAGCUCGCUUGGAGCGCCGGCCUCGCCGGAUGCAGUGUGGUACUCCCGCGCCGGAAGAUUUGCAUUGCUCUCUCCGGGAGAAGUAGUGACAUCGACGCUUGGGAGCAUCGGAUGCGGACGGAAGACGUGGAUGUGAACAGCCGGGGACGGCCGUGUCGUGAGCGCAUGCUGGUGGAGCUCUUGCGCAUGAGCGGGGCUGGAGCGUGCGAUACUUUUUCUCAGCACGAGGCUCCUUGGUCUAUUUCCUGUGCAGUCUAG